AUGCCAUCCAGUCCUCUCUUCAACCCUCCUUCGCCCGACGCUGCUGGCAAACCCACGGUCCCCGCCUGGGUUCCGCCUCCGAUCACCAAGCAGACCGAUGGGUUCGCGACGCUCAAAUCGAUCGACCUCAGCAAGAUGGAUUCGGACGACCCCAAGGUCGUCGCCGAGCUCGUCGAGGAGGUCAAGGUCGCCAUCAGGGAUGACGGGUUCAUCUUCCUCGAGAACUACGGGAUCUCUUAUGAGCAGUUGAACCGCCAGUUCUCCUUGGCUCAAUACCUCUACAACAACAUCAGCGAGGAGGACAAGGAGCGACUCCUGUUCGACCCCGAGACCGGUCGAUGGUCGGGCUACAAACACCCGUACGGUUUCAAGAAGAAGCGAGGGGUCCCUGAUGGGAUCGAGCAGUUCAACUGGUAUAACCGAGAGUGGCAGGACAUCAACAGGAUCCCUAGUUGUCUUCAUCCGUUCAUGGACGAGAUCGAGGCGUUUUGUAACUACCUGACCAAGUCCGUCAACCGUCGUCUCUUGACGCUCUUCUCCCGCGUCCUCGAAUUGCCGGACGACUAUCUCUGGGACAACGUCCAGUCCCACGGAAGCCCCACCGGCGAAGGAUACUUCCGCCACGCCCUGUUCCGUCCGGUCGAGAAGACCACGCAGGAACAGUCUAAAGGACUGAGAAUGCACGGGCAUACGGAUUUCGGAUUGACCACGCUGUUGUUCUCCGUCCCGAUCUCUUGUCUCCAGAUUUGGGGGAGGGAUGAGCAGUGGUAUUACGUUCCUUAUAAGCCGGGCGCUUUGGUCAUCAAUAUCGGGGAGACGUUGGAGAUUGUCUCCGGGGGUCAUUUCAAGGCAACUCGACACCGAGUGUUUAGGCCUCCUGCCGAUCAGUUGCACGAGGAGAGGCUGUCGUUGGUCCUUUUCAACUCUUCCUUGGGGAACCUCCGCAUGACACCUGCCAAAGACUCGCCCCUCAUCCAGCGCGAAGGCUGUAUCGAAGAACAAGGCGUCUUCAAAGAAUUCCAAGCGAUCAUGAGACAAGGCGUCCCUGUGCCCACCAACCAGCAAUGGCGAGAAGUCCAGAUCGCCGAGGCGACCGACCCUACCGAUACCGAGCGGAACAGGAUCGGAGCGGAUCAGAUCUUGAUCGAUGGCAAGUUGAUGCAGAAUCGACAGUAUUUCGGGGUCAAGGUUUUGUUGCCCGUUUGAUCGAGGGUUUGAGCAGAAGUUGUAUUGUCGUCGUGUCGUUUACCUAUUGUAAGAUCGAACAAAGGAUAGCCAGUAUAUGAGAUCGGUUCGUGCAUUCAGUGCCUUUGUUUGAGUCGAUGAUUCGGCUGGUGUGAUAUUGUAUUCGAAUGGGGCAC